ACCUAAGGCUGAAUAUGAACCACAGCAGUGACAGCACACACACACACACACACACACACACACAGUCUGAGAGGAAGGAGCAGCACGACUGAGCUGAGCUGAGCCGAGCCGAGCCGAACAGGGAUGGACACACGCACAACACCGCACAGGGGUUUUCUCCUUCACUUCCACUUGUUCCUGUUCGUCGGUUUAGUCGACUCCUCCCCCCUCCUGUCAAUCACCUCCAAAGUGGGUCUCCAGGCCAAACUUCCCUGCAGUUGGAAGUCGCGUCUGGACGAGGCUCCGCCCGUCUGCCACGUCCAGUGGAGGUCCACGGCCGACACCGUGUUCGAGCAGCAGGGGGCGCUGCGGUGGGAGGCGGCCGAGCUGGCGGGCCGGGCAGAGGUUCCCGAGGGCCCCCUGGGGUCCGGGGACUGUUCGCUGAUCAUCAAAGAUGUCCAGAUCGCAGACGCCGGGCGUUACGAGAGCUACAUGGUGGUGGACGGAGCGCAGUCCAGGAAAACCCGGGUGUUCAUCCAGAGCGUCAAACUGUUGGUGUACGAUCAUAAGUUGUUUGCGUCCAAACAUCCUGGUGAGGAUCUGGUUCUGAACCUCCACACGCCACAUUCCAUGAGGGUCGUCUACCAGGGCAGGAACAGCUCUGAUUGGUCGACUCUGUGGAUCCGAGGCGACGCCGCCGACCAGCGUCUGCAGAAACAUCCACUGAAGGAGGAGCUGACGGUGAAAGGCCUGAAGCGAGGAGACGAAGGGACGUACAAAGUCCUGGACGAGAACGGGUUGGCCAUCAGCGCCGUGGAACUGUCAGUGGAAGAUCGAUCCACGGCUCUGAAAUUCACCCAGUCUGUGGAAAAUGAAAACCUAACAGGAGACGCUGGCCGAAGCUGCGGCUGCUCUGUCCUCGUCCUGUUGUCGUUCGUCGUCUCCAUUUUCCAGAUUCUUCAUCUGCUGUGAAACUGUGACGUUAAGUUCUGUGACUGAUGACCAAUGUGUGUGUGUGUGAGUUUGAGUUCAACGCAGGACACUUUAAACCAGUUCAGUUUACAUGCACGGGUCUAUUUCAGGAGUCGGAUCACUAGAGAGGUGGAGGGAUUUCUGUGCAAAAGGGUUGAAAAUGCGACGUCUGGUUUUUAAAAGACAUAGAUGUUUGGAGUUCUUAUCAGUAAAAUCAUCUGCAAAUUGAACUGAACCACAAAGACCCAGUGUUCGUGUUAUUCUGAGAGUGACUUUAAGGACAAGCUGAUCAAAAACAGAGAAAACCGAAGAAAGUGAAACUUACAGAAAACGUCAUAUUUUCUUACAGAUUUACAAACUAGACAAUAAUAGAUACUGAUGAAUAAUGCAGUUCAGCAGCGUUCCUAAUAUUACAAAAUAAAAAUAAUAAAAGGAUCCUGAAAUCCACACCUGUCUAGUCACAUAAAUGUAGAGAAAGUUGAUAUUGAUUGGAUUUCCUUAGAGCCUCUGAAAAUAACAUGAAGAAAGAAUUUUCAAAAUUUUAGCAUUUGAGACUAAAAACACUUGUCUACGGAAGAGGAUGAGGGCCACUGGAAAAAAAACAAAAAACAUUAAGGUCCAAAAUAUUUUUAUUAUUAUUAUUAUGAGAAAAAAAAGUCAGAAUUCUGAGGAAAAAGUCAGAAUUCGGAGUUUAAAGUCAGCAUUCUGAGAAACAAAAGUUGGAAUUCAAAGUUUAAGGCCAGAAUUCCGAGGAAAAAAAGCUGGAAUUCUCAGUUUAAAGUCAGAAUUCUGAGAAACAAAAGUCGGAAUUCUGAGGUAAAAAAAGUUGGAACUCUGAGGAAAAGUCAGAAUUCUGAGUUUAAAGUCAGAAUUCUAAUAAUAAUAAUAAUAAUGAAAUAUAUAUAUAUAUAUAUAUAUAUAUAUAU